CGUCUGAACGCUGAGGGUCCUGUGCACCGGGGCUGCGCACCCCGGUGUCCCGGGGCCGGGGUCAGCCCCGGCGGUGCCGCACAGCCCGGUACCCGGAGGCGCCGCACAGCCCGGUGCCCCGGGGCUAGUGCGGAUUCCGGUGCCAGUGGUCCUGCGCAUCCUCGUGACCCUGUGGCGGUGACGGUCCCGGUCCUUGGGGCACACGGGUGCCCUGGGGCUGAUGCCGGUCCCAGUCCCAGUGGUGCUGCACAUCCGGAACCCCAGGGCUGGUCCUGGUCCCGGUCCCGGGCGUGCUCUGCAUCCCGGGGCCGAUCAGCUUCCCCUGUACCAGCGGGAAGGAGGUGGGCAGCAGGCGGGGUCCCUGCGGCUCUUGGUGGGGUCAGGACUCGGCCCUCGGGGUCUUUGGAGGCUCCAUCCCCCUCCUCAGCGCAGCUCUCCCUGGCAGGUGACACCGCACAGGGACGGGGCUGGGGACAUCCGAAGCCAGCAGUGAUGUCGGAGAGCGUGGCCGAGGCGCCGGCAGCCGGGAGCCCGGCAGCGCUGGGCGAGACGGGCACCAGCCAUGAGCUGCUGCAGCGCCUGCGGGAGCUGGAGGCAGAGAACUCAGCCCUGGCCCAGGCCAAUGAGAACCAGCGGGAGACGUAUGAACGCUGCCUGGACGAGGUUGCCAACCACGUGGUGCAGGCACUGCUCAACCAGAAGGACCUGCGUGAGGAGUGCAUCAAGCUGAAGAAACGUGUCUUCGAGCUGGAGAGGCAGAACCAGGUGCUGAGCGACCUGUUCCAGCAGAAGCUGCAGCUCUCCACUGGGUCCCUCCCCCAGCUGCCGCUGCACCCGGUGCCAGUACCCCCGGAUGUCCCAGUCACCCCCCAGCCAGGCUCUGCUGAGCAACAGCCCCCCCCGCUGCUCCCUGGCCUCUGUCUGUCCCUGCCCGAGGUGCUGCCACCAGUGCCAUCGGGCAGCCCUGGCCUCAGCCCUGGCGCCCCACCCCUGGAUGCCCUGUCCCCCUUCUUCAAAAAGAAAGCCCAAAUCCUGGAGGUGCUGCGCAAGCUGGAGGAGACAGACCCGCUGCUGGGGCCCCCCCCGGCCUCCCCCGGCUCCCCCGAGCCCUGCGCCCCCCUGGCUUGCCCCCGGGCGCCGGGCGCCGAGGCCAAGGGCAAGGCGGCCGGGCUGGCGAGCUGGUUCGGGCUGCGGCGCAGCAAAUUGCCGGCGCUGAGCCGGCGCGGGGACGGCGGGCGCGGGCGAGAGUGGGCUGGGACCCCCGCGCCCCUUCGCCGAGAGGUCAAGUUGGCCGCCCGCAAGCUGGAGGCCGAGAGUCUCAACAUCUCGAAGCUGAUGGAGAAGGCGGAGGAUCUGCGGAAGGCGCUGCGGGAGGAGCACGCGUUCCUGCAGGGACUGGCGCUGGAGAAGGGGCGUCCCCGUGGGCCCCCGCGAGGCCCCGGCCCCCUGCCCGUCAUGUACCAGGAGGUGACGGCCGAGACCUUCAUGCAGCAGCUGCUGGACAGGGUGGACGGGAAGGACGUCCCCUACGAGACCCGCCUGGAGCACAAGCGGGAGCUUUGUGACCUCCGGAGGGUCCCCCCCGACGCCAAAGAACCGCGGCUCUGCCGCCCGCCCCGCAACGGCAUCGUGGGACACCUGCGGGAGCCCUCGGACAAGGUGCCCGACGUGGGGCUCCGGGAUGAGCUGCCGUCCGACGAGAGCUUGUCCGAGUCGGGGACGGCGCAGCAUUUCGCUGCCUGCGGGUCUCUGACGCGGACACUGGACAGCGGGAUCGGGACCUUCCCUCCCCCCGACUAUGGCGGGGCCCCCGCCAAGAGCACC